UCGGCUCACACGUGUGCAGGUCCGUGGUUUUUCUGCUCGCGUUGAACACGCGUCCUUUUGGGUGAAGGAAACCAAGCUGACACUGCCGAGGCUCCUUUGGAAUACGAGCUGAGGGCGAUGGGAUUUGGCUGGAGUGUGUCAUGGAGGAGUGGGGAGGGGAGGGCACUUGGCUCUCACCCUGCCAAUCUGGGCAGCCGCGGCACUGAGGGUGUUGAUCCCGAUGAAGUAGGUGACGUUCCUGCCAGUGCAAGCUGCAAAGAAGCACUGGGAUGCUACUGGAUCCCAGCGGGAUCUCUGCAGAACCCUGACAGGCGGGUGUAGCCAAGGCACAUCGUGGUUUGGGGACAAGAGGACCUUCCCUGGAGAGCACAGCACAUGUAGGCUGAGUGAAUCGCUGGCUCCUGGCGCCACCCUAUAAAUGGAAAAUGGGAGAGCUCACACCUUAACAGUCUUGUUCAUCCUCACGUGUGCGCUGGGCUACGUGACCUUGCUGGAAGAGACUCCCCAGGACACAGCCUACAACACCAAGAGAGGUAUCGUUGCCAGCAUUUUGGUUUUCCUGUGUUUCGGGGUGACACAAGCUAAAGAUGGACCAUUUUCAAGGCCUCACCCAGCUUACUGGAGGUUUUGGUUGUGUGUCAGUGUGGUGUAUGAGCUCUUCCUCAUUUUCAUCCUCUUCCAGACUGUGCAGGAUGGGAGGAAGUUUAUGAAGUACAUUGACCCACAUUUAGGGGUUCCUCUGCCAGAAAGAGACUAUGGGGGCAACUGCCUUAUUUAUGACCCUGGCAAUGAAACGGAUCCCUUUCACAACAUCUGGGACAAGCUGGAUGGAUUUGUUCCUGCUCACUUUUUUGGCUGGUACCUGAAGACGUUGAUGAUUCGGGACUGGUGGAUGUGCAUGAUCAUCAGUGUCAUGUUUGAGUUCCUGGAGUACAGCCUGGAACACCAGCUCCCAAACUUCAGUGAAUGCUGGUGGGAUCAUUGGAUAAUGGAUGUGAUCCUAUGUAACGGAUUAGGAAUUUACUGCGGGAUGAAGACUCUGUCCUGGCUUUCCUUGAAAACAUACAAGUGGCAAGGACUCUGGAAUAUUCCCACCUACAAGGGCAAAAUGAAGAGAAUUGUCUUCCAGUUCACCCCCUACAGUUGGGUGAAGUUCGAGUGGAAACCGGCGUCCAGCCUGCGCAGAUGGCUCGCCGUUUGUGGCAUCAUCUUUGUGUUUUUGUUGGCAGAGCUGAACACAUUUUACCUGAAGUUUGUGCUGUGGAUGCCCCCAGAACACUACUUGGUCCUGCUGCGCCUGGUGUUUUUUGUGAACGUGGGAGGGGUGGCCAUGAGGGAGAUCUACGACUUCAUGGACGACCCGAAGUUCCACAAGAAGCUGGGCCAACAGGCCUGGCUGGUUGCUGCUAUUACUGCCACGGAGUUCCUGAUCGUGGUCAAGUACGAUCCCUACACACUCACGCUCUCCCUGCCCUUCUACAUCACCCAGUGCUGGAUCCUGGGAAUUAUCCUGGUGCUCACCUGGACAGCCUGGCGCUUCUUCAUCCGGGACAUCACCCUGCGGUACAAGGAGAUCCGGCGGCAGAAGCAGGAGCACAGGCAUGAGAAGGACAAAUGCCUGAGCAACGGGGACCGACAUUUGGCACAGCUGGAUGAGCCCAACGGGAACAAACCCCGGGAGAGGAAACUCUGAGCAGCAGCCACGGGGCUGACGGGAACUCGUGGUGCUCGAGCGGGCCUGGGGCACAGUCCCAACCUCAUCCUAACUCCUAAUUGUCAUUGUUAGUGUUCCAGCCUGUGGGAAUCCCCUGGGGGAAGGAUGGCAUGGACAUACCCCCCCCUUUCUCCUCGUGUCGCCAGAGAAGGUCUGCGUGGAGGGAAGUCAGAGCCAACACCGCACAACAAGGACCUCCUGCGGGUGCUGUGUGUCCUCCAAACCAGGUGUGGAGGUGGGGGGGCUCAGAGCACAGCACACAGGGAUCUGCUGCUCUGUUCCCAGAGAGCUCUGAGAGUUCCACGAGGCGUUCAGGCAUCAGGAACACUUGUUCUGGGGUGUGCAGAGACCAGGCACGGGAAACGGAUUCUUUCCUUCCUGCUGAAACUACCUGGAGCUGUGGAGGGGGAUUGGGCGAAGUGUUUGGUGAGAGGAACGCAGGUGGACUGAGCCCUGUGACCAAGCUGCUCCUUGCACAGGAUGAACCACACUGCACUGCUGGUCCAACCCCUCCGUGGGGGAUCUGACUGACUUCCGACGUCCUGGAGCGGCCUGUGGUAGUUUCGUGGUGUAUCACAGCUCUGGGGAGACAGGCAGCUUCCCCUUAGCUCUUAUUUUUAAUUUACUCUUUUAGUCUUGGUCAUCUCUUAAAUGUAAGGGAAGGUGAAGUGAGAAAGGUCAACCUGCCUUCGCUCUGCGGAGUAAAAUGUGUCACAAGCGGAAACUGGG